AUGUCAUUCGAAGCAGAGAUUCAGUGCCCUGAAUGUCAAGAAUUGAUUAGAGAUGUGGAUUCUCUUGAUGCAGGAGAAUGCCCCUGGUGUGGCGCAUUUUUAGUCAAUGUGGAUCUGAAAAGUAACAGCUCCAAACCAACCAAAGAAAAGGCAGCACCAGGCCUCUUUGACGAUAUCACUAUAAGCGAUGAUGAAUCACUUAUUAUAUCAAAACCGUCCAAAGCCAAGCGCAGCAGCAAAGCAGUUGAAAAUGACCUUAGUUUAGAAGACAUACUGAGCCAAUUCAAGCAGGAGCAAAGAGGCAAAACCAAACCAAAAGCGAGAUCAAAGCGCAAACAAGUGAUACUGUCUGAUAGCAGUGACGAUGAAUGGAUUGCACCAACACCAAGCAAGAAGAAGAAGAAACAAGAAGGAAGCAAGAAACGAAAGAUGGAAAAUUUAUACGAAUCAGAUGAGGAUUGGGAUACUAUGAACCAUACAUUAGAUGUCAAGAAGCGUUACAAUUCAUCCUUUUCUAGCGACUCAGGCUCUGACUAUGAUCAAUCAGAUAGCGAGGAUGAAUCAUGGCUGACAAAACUGAAAUAUACACCGAAGGAGACAAAGGCAAUUGAAGAAGAAGAAGAAGAAGAAGAAGAAGAGUCUGGUCUAGCAAGAAAAGUAGCAGAGGUCAACAAAACCAAAACCAAAGCCAAAGCCGAAACAGGACCUACCAGAUCCACAUCCUCAGCAGUAGCACGUCAAUCAGCGGCAUCCUCAUCGCUCACAUCUCCAACCACAGCAUCCAAAUCCAACCGUGUUCAUUCAUUCAUCUACUUCAAUAAAGAGAUGCGUGGUAAAUUGGCAAAGGAAAACAAGGAUCUAUCAUCAAAGGAUCUUAGUCGACUCGUAUCAGGUUUGUGGAAUAAGCUAAGCAAGCAACAAAAGGCUAGUUAUGCUAACAGGUCGCUGGGCCCCAAACGAACAUCACCACCAUCUGGCAACGGCUAUGUAUUAUACAAGAAAGAGCAGUUUCCUCUCGUCCAAAAAGAGUACAAUCUCAAAGGCGAGAAUGCAAUGGGAAGUGCUUCGUCGAUCAUCGGUAUACGUUGGAAGAAUUUAGACCCCAAUAUCAAAGAAACCUACACUCUACGAGCCAAAAAGAUGAGAGAGGACUGGGCAUUUGAGCACCCUAUAGAAUACGAAGCCUACAUGGAUACUAUGAAGGCCAGGAUCACUGAGACCAAGAUGGCCAAAAGAAAAGCAAAAUCACGAUAG